UCAGUCUUCACCGAACCCUGUAAAACGUCAACCAAUCAGGUCUCUCUCUCGUUUCGCGUUGUUUAGAGAGAGUGGGCGGGGGAAGAGAGAGAUGAAUUCGAUGGACGCUGUGUGCGAUGAUCUGCCUGCAGAAAUUUCAUCCUUCGUAGACACCUUCGUCGACUUCGUGGUGGGUGGCGUCUUCUUGAAGCGAGAAUCUUCCGAGCCGGAUUGCCGAGAUCAGCAACAGCAGCACCAGCGGCAACAAGAACAGCCGUCCGCCCCAAGAACCACGUAUCCACAACCUGGCCGCCUCGUCGCAGUAGGGGACAUCCACGGCGAUCUCCAGAAGGCCAAGCAAUCGCUAAGAAUAGCUAAGAUCAUCGACGAGAAUGAUCGGUGGAUCGGAGGCAACACCAUGGUGGUACAGGUAGGUGACAUCCUCGACAGAGGCGGGGAGGAGUUGAAGAUCCUCUAUUUCCUUGAGAAACUGAAGCAGGAGGCUUCCAAAUCAGGUGGUGAUCUCAUAGUUAUGAAUGGCAACCACGAAAUCAUGAACAUGUCCAGAGAUUUCAGAUACGUCACGAAGGCAGGGUUCAAGGAAUUCGAAAAUUGGGCGGACUGGUUUAAUGUUGGCGUCCACAUUAAGAAGCUCUGCAACGUGUUGGACGACAAAUUUGAUGCAUUUCGUGGGAUACCCACAAACCUAAACCGUGAAAGCAGGGCUCGAAUUGCCGCUCUCCGGCCAGGAGGACCGAUUUCGACCAGGUUUUUGGCCUCAAAUCCAACCAUUCUGGUCGUCGGCGAUUCUGUUUUCGUCCAUAGUGGGGUUCUGCCUGGUCAUGUGGAGUAUGGUUUGGAAAGAAUCAAUAAGGAGGUUGGGGAAUGGAUCAGAGGGACGCAAGGGGACUCAAAGCCCCCUUCUUGCGUUAGAGGAAGGGAUUCCGUCGUCUGGUUGAGGAGGUACUCGACUAAGUCUGUGGGAGAUGGUGACUGUUCUGUUCUUCAGCACGCCCUUGAAACGAUUCCAAAUGCAAAGCGGAUGAUUGUGGGUCACACCAUCCAGGAAUCUGGCAUCAAUGGCGCCUGCCAGAAUCGAGUGAUUCGAAUCGAUGUUGGAAUGUCCAAGGGCUGCGGAAACGGCAUGCCUGAAGUAUUGGAGAUUACAAGGAACAAGGGCGUCAGGAUCCUCACUUCCAAUCCUUUGUACAAUCAGGCAAUGGCUGCCGACGAUAAGGUAGGACUUGGUUUGCUGGUGCCCGAUGGCCCGAGAAAGGAAGUGGAGGUUAAUGCGUGAUCUUUCUUCCUUUUUUCAUGAAAAAAAGCAGUGUCUCUGGAGCCAUUUUUUCCUCUGCUCUUAUGUGACGCAUAAUUAUGCAUUCAACUAGUGGAAUGAACUAUAUUUGCAUAA